UCUCCUCGCAUUGCCGUCGGCUUGAAUUAUCUUGAUAUGCAUAUAACUCACUGCUUUCGUAUACACGGAUAUACCGACAACAUCGGCGAGGGUCAUUUCAUGGCCCAUAUUGCUACUUGGGGAGAUUCCGUUGUGUACAACGGUGUACUCUCCUGGUUGAAGCUACCCGCGUGUGAUCCCGACAUUCGUACUGGCGUGUAUCACUGCAGUCAGGAGUCGUCAGAUUGGGUUGCCUUCGACUGGCGCUAUGACUCAUAUCCUGUCGUCUUUGUAGGCAUGUGCGGAUUCGACGUCGGCAAAGUCCCUCGUCUUUCGGUUACCGCCACCAACGUCAGCAGGACUGGGUUCCAGAUCAACGUGGAGAAGUGGGGGGACACAGAGCUUCACGGCUGUUGGGUAACGUGGAUUGCUUUCCCGGCCAACAAGGACGGAAUAUGCGCUGGAAGCUUCGGAAGUAAAACGACGACAAAAAGCAGCAAUUCAGGCCACAUCCGUUUUCCGUGCCACUUCAAACGACCCCCCACGAUAUUCACUGCGUUCACAAAAUUCGAUCUCGACACGCGGAAUAACUUGCGAAUGCGCUCAGACACGUCUAACGCGACUACAAGCGGGAUGGAUUGGUCGAUUGAGACUUGGGCAGACUCCAUGUUUUACGACGCUCAGAUGGCGUAUCUGGCUCUGGAGGAUUAG